CGUCGGACACUGCAUUCGUGUCUUUGUGGCGGCCUGCGCUCUGUUUGUGUGUCUUUUAAAAGAGGUAACCGUGACAUGGAUUAAAAUCGAAAGAUGACAUCAAAGGAAUUUAUUCUCAUUUUUCUGCUCCAAUGCGAAGGCAUAAGAGGCCAGACCAUCGAGAUCUUCGCCAGAGCCGGGGAUGUGGCCACUCUGCCCUGCCUGCGUUCGUCCUGCUCCCGCUUGGCCUGGUUGUACAGUCGGGACGAAGGCAACGUGCUACGCGAGGUGAAAGACGGACAAGUGCAGGCGAGCUCGGACAGAAGUCAACGCCUCAGCCUCAACGACGACUGCUCGUUGAUGAUUGCCCAAGUGACAGGGGAGGAUGCUGGUUCUUUCACUUGUCUUCAAGAUGGAAGUCUGGUCGUCACAGUUUUGCUGUCAGUGAUGACUCUGACAAUUUCGUCUCUUCCUGUCUCUGAUCCUAUGGGAAAGAAUAAAGUGGUCUUGAAGUGUUCUCUGACCUGCUACCCGGCUCCGAUGUGUAUUUGCCGACCAGGGAGGCUACGCUGGAUGGAUGAGGAAGGCGGAGAGCUUCGCCCGAGAACCAUCAAACAGAAUAACUGCGUGUCCAUCUUGAAAAUAUUUCCCAUUGACGUCAAGAGGAAGUACACGUGUCAAUACAUUAGACGAAACGAUGUCUGGGUCCAGGCCCAAUACAGAGCUUCAGAAGAACCUGGAGAUCCGCCGCCUGGCUACAUCCGGCACAUCAAUAUAAUUCGGGUGACUUUUUCAGUCUUGCUGCUGGUCAUCGCCGUUGUGGCCAUUGUCCUCAUCAAGAUGAAGUUGAGAAGAAAUGCAGCCCAGUAGUUAGAAUAAGUAGAACCCUUCCAGGAAUCCAUUUUUACCAAAAUAGGCUGCGGGGAAUCGAGAUAUGCUUCUUAAAUAUUGGAAUUGUUAAAUUUUAUUCCCUUGGCUACUCGUGCUGUAAUGAAACAUCCAUUCAUCCAUUUUCUACCGCUUCUCCGCGUCGCGUCAUGGGGGAGGUUUCUUCAACAGGGAUACCCAGACUUCCCUUUCCCCAGCCACUUCUUCCACCUCUUCUGAAGUGAUCCCAAGGUGUUCCCAGGCCAGCUGAGAGACAUAGUCUCUCCAGCAUGUCUUGGGUAAUCCCCGGGGUCUCUUUCCGGUGUCCCAGCCACCUCAUCUGGCUCCUCUCAAUUCGGAUGAGCAGCGGCUCGACAUUGCGCCCCUCCCGGGUGACCGAGUUUCUCACCCUAUCGCUAAGAGAGAGCCCAGACACACUGCGCAGGAAACUCAUUUCGGCCGCUUGUAUCCAGGAUCUUGUCCUUUCGGUCACGACCCGCAGCUCAUGCCCAUGGGUGAGGGUAGGAACGUUGAUCAACUGGUAAAUUGAGAGCUUCGCCUUUCGACUUAGCUCCCUCUUUACCAAAACGGACCGAUACAAAGUAUGCAUCACUGCAGAUUCUGCAGCAAUCCGUCUGUUGAUCUCCCGCUCCAUUCUUCCCUCACUUGUGAACAAGACCCCAAGAUACUUAAACUCGUCCACUUGGAGCAGGAUCUCAUGCCCGACCCAGAGAGGCCACGCCAACCUUUUCCGACUUUGGACCAAGGUCUCAGAUUUGGAGGUGCUGAUUCUCAUCCCAGCUGCUUCACACUCAGCUGUGAAUCGCUCCAGUGAGACUUGAAGAGCACAGCUUGAUGACGCCAACAGAACUACAUCAUCUGCAAAGAGCAGAGAUGCGAUGCUGAGGCCACCAAACCGGACACAUUCUACGCAUCGGCUGUACCUAGAGAUUCUGUCCAUAAAAGUUAUGAACAAAAUCGGUGACAAAGGGCAGCCUUGGUGGAGUCCAACUCUCACCGGAAAUGAGUCUGACUAAUUGCCGGCAAUGUGGACAAAACUGACACCGGUCGUACAGGGACCAAACAGCCCGUAUCAGGGGGUUCGGUACCUCAUACUCCAGUAGAUCCCCCGACAAGACUCUCUGAGGGAGAUGGUCAAACGCCUUCUCCACAUCCAUAAAACACAUGUAGACUGGUUGGACUAUCUCCCAUGUAACCUUGAGGAUCCUCCCGAGAGUGUAGAGCUGGACCAUUGUUCCACGACCAUGACAGAAACCACAUUGCUCCUCCUGAAUCUGAGUUUCAACUUCCCGACGGACCCUCCUCUCCAGCAUCCCUGAUUGGACCUUACCAGGGAGGCUAAGGAGUGUAAUCCCCCUAUAGUUGGAACACACCCUCUGGUUCCCCUUCUUACAAAGGGGGGCCACCACCCCAAUCUGCCAAUUCAGAGGCACUGUCCCUGAUGUCCAAGCAAUGUUGCAGAGGCGUGUAAACCAGGACAGCCCCACAACUUCCAGAGCCUGCCACCAAAGAGCUUUUUAACCACCUAGGUGACCUCAACCCCAGAGAAAAAAGAGCCUGCUUCAGAGAACCCAGACUCAGAUUCCUCAUGUUGGUGGAAUUGAGGAGGUCUUCGAAGUAUUCUCCCCACCGACUCGCAAUAUCUGGAGUUGAGGUCAGCAGUUGCCCCAUCCCCACUAUACACAGUGUUGACGGUGCACAG